AUGGCGUUUACAUCAAAACAAAGUUUACUUAAUCACAAAAAUGGCGUUCAUUUGAACAGCAAUAAAAAUUUUAAAUGUUUUUGGCCUAAAUGUCAAUUUAAAACACUAUCAAAGAGUGCCUUAAAAGUGCAUCAAUUAAAGCAUUCAGAACUCAAGCAAUUUAAAUGUGAUUUUAAUAAUUGUAAUAAAACUUAUAGAAGAGCAUCCAAUUUAUUUCGACACAAAAAUAGCAUUCAUUCAAAUGUGAGAUUUAUGUGUGAUUUCAAUGAAUGCCACAAAAGCUUUACAACAAAACACUAUUUAUUUCGACACAAAAGUUGUGUUCAUUUGAAAGAAAGGAAAUUCAAAUGUAAUGAAGAAAAUUGUGGCAAAAAAUUUAAUACAAAAUCAGAUCUAAUUCGACACAAACGCAUUCAUUCGGGAGAAAAACCAUUUAUUUGUAAUUUUUCUAAUUGUAACAAAGGCAGGUCGUUAGGAUAUCAGUUCUACUAA